UCUCUCUCUCUCCUAGUACUGGCCAGCACUCCAGCUGUAGGUGGAGCUGGCUUUCCUGGAAUUGUCGGGCAACUUUUCCUGUUGUGCUUGCUGCUACCUCUUGCUCAAUCUCUAGCUUAAUGACAGCUCUGCUGCAGGAUUAGUGUGAGGACCGGAGCCAUCUGGAUGCCCCUCUCCACAGCAUGCUGGGGCUUAUGGAUGCUGCAUUUGUUGUCAUAAAUAUAUUUUCAUGAAUCAGGUCAGAAGUUUCCCUUCAGCAGAAAUGUCUCGGAAGUGCGAAGCUGGGCGAAAUCCAUCGAUAGCUGAUCAGCUUCCCUGGAUUUCGCGCACAUCUCCUAUUUGUUUUGCCUGAAAAUGGAAACACUGGAGUCGGAACUGACCUGCCCAAUCUGUCUGGAGCUCUUUGAGGACCCGCUGCUCUUGCCUUGUGCUCACAGCCUUUGUUUCAACUGUGCCCACCGCAUCCUGGUCUCCCACUGCACCCCCAGCGAGCCAAUUCAGUCCAUCAACGCCUUUCAGUGCCCAACCUGUCGCUAUGUCAUCACCCUGAACCAGAGGGGCCUGGAGGGACUGAAACGCAACGUUACAUUGCAGAACAUCAUCGACCGUUACCAGAAAGCUUCUCUGAGUGGACCCAACUCUCCUAACGAGACCCGACGCGAGCGAGCCGCCCCUGACCGCAAAGCCAUGACUUCUUCCAGUGACCGCGUCCAGUGCCAGUUCUGUGAGCAGGACCCUCCACAGGACGCUGUGAAGACUUGCGUGACCUGUGAAGUGUCGUACUGCGAUGAGUGUCUUAAGGCCACCCACCCCAACAAGAAGCCCUUCACGGGCCACCGUCUAAUUGAGCCCUUGCAGGACUCCCACCUGCGGGGGCUUAUGUGUCUGGAGCACGAAAAUGAGAAGGUCAAUAUGUACUGUGUGACAGAUGAACAGUUGAUCUGUGCAUUGUGUAAGCUGGUGGGCCGACACCGAGACCACCAAGUAGCAGCCCUCAGUGACCGAUAUGACAAACUCAAGAAAUCUUCUGGCCGCUUUCUCUGUGUGGGGAGUGAUCAUUCACACCAGGAGACAGACCAGCAAGCCUUGGAUUCCAACCUCAGCAAUCUAAUCAAGAGGACCAGUGAGUUGGAAAGUCUGAUGGGCAAACUUAUCCAAACCUGCCAACAUGUGGAGGUUAAUGCAUCGCGACAAGAAAACAAGCUGCUGGAGGAGUGUGAGCUGCUGAUUAAUAUCAUACAGCAGCGAAGACAAAUCAUAGGCACUAAGAUAAAGGAGGGGAAGUCUGUGCGAAUGAGGAAACUGGCCCAGCAGAUAGCCAGCUGUAAACAGUGCAUCGAGAGGUCCUCCUCCCUCAUCACACAGGCCGACCAAACCCUCAAGGAGACGGACCACACUCGCUUCCUUCAGACGGCUAAAAAUAUCUGUGAGAGAGUAUCAAUGGCGACGGCGUCGUCUCAAAUCCUGCUACCAGAAAUCAAUCUCAACGACACAUUUGAUAGUUUUGUUUUGGACUUCACAAGGGAGAAGAAAAUGCUCGAAAGCUUAGAUUAUCUCACAGGUGAGUGGCCUAUAAUCCGAACACAGCAUUAUGACACGAUCACAGUUCACUGGACAUCGGAUGAUGAGUUCUCUGUCAUAUCGUAUGAACUUCAGUACGCCAUCUUCACCAACCAAUCUAAUGUUGUCAGUUUAUGCAGCUCUGUUGAUAGCUGGAUGAUUGUACCAAACAUCAAGCAAAAUCACUACACUGUACACGGACUCCAGUGUGGCACAAAAUACAUCUUUAUUGUGAAGGCCAUAAACCAGGCUGGAAACCGCAGCAGUGAACCAGGGAAGCUCAAGACAAACAGUCAGCCAUUCAAGCUGGAUCCAAAGUCUGCUCAUCGUAAGUUGAGAGUGUCCCACGACAACUUGACUGUUGAGAAGGACGAGACAUUGUCCAAGAAGAGCCACAGCCAGGACCGCUUCUCCAGCCACAGCAGCUAUGGCGUCACAGGGAAUGUCUACAUCGACAGUGGCCGUCAUUACUGGGAGGCGCUGAUAGGCGGAAGCACAUGGUUUGCAGUGGGCAUCGCAUACAAGUCUGCACCAAAACAUGAGUGGAUUGGCAAAAACUCCGCCUCCUGGGUACUGUCUCGCUGCAACGCCUCAUGGGUGGUACGUCACAACAGCAAGGAGAUGCCCAUUGAGCCCUCACCCAACCUGCGGCGUCUUGGAGUUUUGCUGGACUAUGACUCCGGAUCUCUGUCCUUCUACGAUGCUGUCGGUUCUCAGCACCUGUACACAUUUGACAUUGCCUUCACUCAGCCAGUUUGCCCUGUGUUUAAUGUGUGGAAUAGGUGUAUAACAAUCCUCACAGGACUGCCCAUCCCAGAUCACUUAGAAGGGACAUAUUUCAACCACUGACAAAACCUGUCCUGCUGGAUUUUUGUUUUUGGGAGCCCAAAAACAAUUCCACCACGACCUGCACCUCUCUGACUGUGAUGACAACUUUCUACUUUAUGGCAAAAACAGUAACCAAAUGAGAUGCAUUUACAUACCCAGGUGUACAUUCCCAAUCAAUCUUAUGUUGAAUUUUGUAAAUUUUGUUGAAAAAAAAAAAAAUGCUUUGCACAUUUGUGUACAUUAUUGAGCUUAAUGGUUUUAAGGGAUUGCUUACAGUUUAAAUUUGUGGAGAUAUUUUAAAAUAAGCUCCAGAUUGUAUUUUUAUGUCUACGUCCAUAUUUCACACCCUGUCCAUUUCUGUAUUGUUCAGGGUGAUGGGGAAAAAAACAUAAGCACAAGUGACAAGCAGGCUCUUUGACUCUUUAUCUUUUUGAAAGGUUGUAUUGUAAGAUUGUUUAAUUCAUAGCACUUUGAGGAGACAACGUUGUCACUGUAAAAUGUAUUUCUAUACCACAUUGUCAUGCACAUGAAUAUUUGCAUGAAAUCAUUUUUGCAAGGAAAAUGCACUUGAAUCAAUCAGAAAACAGUACUUUCACAUAGAAAAUUUAAUUUGAAAUUAGUCAGACGUUAUAGACGAAUGCUCUUAUGCAGUUCAGCGUCAAGAGCGCCACAGUUUCCACAUUUCUUCCUGGCAACAUAUAAUAAAAGUGAUUUCAUUUGA